UAUCGAUCAAAGUCCAGUUCAUACAAUUAAAAAACUUUUAAAUUAAUAACUUCAGUUCACGAUUGCAUAAUUCAACACUUAUAUAUUUAUCUCAUAUCUUAUAAUAAUACUUAAUUAUUAUGAACACAUAAUCAUGCCAUCAAUUACUCUUGUUGAGUUUGAAUUGAAGAAGAAAUUAUAUUCCUGCGGUUUGCUUCGUACAAUUCUUUUGCUUUCUACGGUUUUAUUUAUCGGAAGUGCAGUACGUAUACUCGCGAAUUAUAAAGAGAAGCUUUUAGAUUGGAGAUCAGUUGAUGAUGUUCUUAAGGACAAUAGCUUAGAUAAUUGUCAGACCCAGCACAGGCAUUAUGCGACUGAAACAUUACCCAGAGGUAUUGUCUCAGAAACAUCUGAUUUGGAGAGAAAACCAUUAUGGGGCCAUCAUGAAAAGAAUUCGACGAAAGCAAGGAACAUACUUGCCAUGGCAGUUGGAAUCAAACAAAAGAAGAAUGUUGACAUAAUUGUCAACAAGUUCCUGUCAAGCGAAAGUGAUUUCGUUCUAAUGCUUUUUCAUUACGACGGAAUUGUUGAUGAAUGGAAAGAUUUAGAAUGGAGUGAUGAAGCCAUUCACAUUGUUGCUGUCAAUCAAACCAAGUGGUGGUUCGCAAAGCGAUUCUUGCACCCAGAUAUUGUUCCGGAGUAUGAUUACAUUUUCUUGUGGGAUGAAGAUCUUGGACUUGACAACUUUCAUCCCGGAAGAUACCUUUCAAUUAUUAAAGAAGAAGGUCUUGAGAUAUCGCAGCCGGGGCUUGAUUCCCGUAAAUCACAAGUGCAUCAUCAACUUACCAAGAGACAGAAAGGAUCAAGAGUACAUAGGAGGAUAAAUUGGAAGAUUGGUAAAACAAACUGUGAUAAAAAUGUCACAGGUCCACCAUGCUCAGGGUUUGUAGAAAUGAUGGCUCCGGUUUUCUCGAAAGCAUCAUGGCGCUGCACAUGGUACAUGAUUCAGAAUAACUUGGUUCAUGGAUGGGGUGUGGAUUUUCAGCUUGGUUACUGUGCACAGGGAGAUCCAACGAAAAAUGUAGGGAUUGUUGAUUCUGAAUACAUAAUUCAUUAUGGUACUCCUACAUUAGGAGGUUCUGCUACAAACAAGACACAACCAUUGUCCGAGCAAUCUAAUGCCAGAGAAAAGGUUAGAAGAUGGUCAUUUGUGGAGCUAAGCAUAUUUAGAAAUAGGUGGAGAAAAGCUGCUGAGAAUGAUGACUGCUGGAAUGACAUUUACAAACAAUAGAAAAGAAGAUAAACAAGAACGGGGUUAUUUUCACGGGAACAUAUUGUUCGGUUUAAAGUUUUAUGCAGUUACUGAACUACAUGCUUUUUAUAGAACGCUUACCAUUGUUCAACUUACUACAUUUUGGUAACUGAAAUUUCAUUUUUACACCAACAGGACGUGGCUACAAAAUGUUGGAUAACCGCACAAUUUUCCGUUGCCACAUAAGCAAUAAUUGGCCUGAAUUGCUAAGUAACCUAUUGUUGAUAUAAAUACGAAAGUCCAGUUAUAGAAAUCUAACAAAUUGGACGAUGGUGACCGUUCUAUAAAAGACCAAUAGUUCAGUAACUGCAAAAAAUUUGAUCCGAUAUUGCAUCUGUUCUAGGUUGCAAGUUUGAGUAUAAAAAAAAAAGCUACCUUCUCGUUUGCGGAAUUUAUAUUUUUAUACACAACAUAGAAUUUCUUGCCUAGACCACGUCUUUUACAGACCGCUCUCAUAAGAACUGCAUUGCCCUUAAACUGCGGAGUUCCUUCAUAUGAGAGUGAUCCGACAUGGCCUCGGUCUAGACAAGAAUAUUUCCAACACA